UUUACGCGACGGCCUGACGUAGAGGAAGACGCGUUAGUGGGGGGGAAGGUUCUAGAAAAGCGGCGGCAGCGGCUGUAGCGGCAGUAGCAGCAGCGCCGGGUCCCGUGCGGAGGUGCUCUUCGCAGUGUUGUUUCUCGAGCAGCGGCAGUUCUCACUACAGCGCCAGGACGAGUCCGGUUCGUGUUCGUCCGCGGAGAUCUCUCUCAUCUCGCUCGGCUGCGGGAAAUCGGGCUGAAGCGACUGAGUCCGCGAUGGAGAAAACUUUAGAAACUGUUCCUUUGGAGAGGAAAAAGAGAGAAAAGGAACAGUUUCGUAAGCUCUUUAUUGGUGGCUUAAGCUUUGAAACCACAGAAGAAAGUUUGAGGAACUACUACGAACAAUGGGGAAAGCUUACAGACUGUGUGGUAAUGAGGGAUCCUGCAAGCAAAAGAUCAAGAGGAUUUGGUUUUGUAACUUUCUCAUCCAUGGCUGAGGUUGAUGCUGCUAUGGCUGCAAGACCUCAUUCAAUUGAUGGGAGAGUAGUUGAGCCAAAACGUGCUGUAGCAAGAGAGGAAUCUGGAAAACCAGGGGCUCAUGUAACUGUGAAGAAGCUGUUUGUUGGCGGAAUUAAAGAAGAUACUGAGGAACAUCACCUUAGAGAUUACUUUGAGGAAUAUGGAAAAAUUGAUACCAUUGAGAUAAUUACUGAUAGGCAGUCUGGAAAGAAAAGAGGCUUUGGCUUUGUUACUUUUGAUGACCAUGAUCCUGUGGAUAAAAUCGUAUUGCAGAAAUACCAUACCAUCAAUGGUCAUAAUGCAGAAGUAAGAAAGGCUUUGUCUAGACAAGAAAUGCAGGAAGUUCAGAGUUCUAGGAGUGGAAGAGGAGGCAAUUUCGGCUUUGGGGAUUCGCGUGGUGGCGGUGGAAAUUUCGGACCAGGACCAGGAAGUAACUUUAGAGGAGGAUCUGAUGGAUAUGGCAGUGGACGUGGAUUUGGGGAUGGCUAUAAUGGGUAUGGAGGAGGACCUGGAGGUGGCAAUUUUGGAGGUAGCCCCGGUUAUGGAGGAGGAAGAGGAGGAUAUGGUGGUGGAGGACCUGGAUAUGGCAACCAGGGUGGGGGCUACGGAGGUGGUUAUGACAACUAUGGAGGAGGAAAUUAUGGAAGUGGAAAUUACAAUGAUUUUGGAAAUUAUAACCAGCAACCUUCUAACUACGGUCCAAUGAAGAGUGGAAACUUUGGUGGUAGCAGGAACAUGGGGGGACCAUAUGGUGGAGGAAACUAUGGUCCAGGAGGCAGUGGAGGAAGUGGGGGUUAUGGUGGGAGGAGCCGAUACUGAGCUUCUUCCUAUUUGCCAUGGCAUUGAUAUGAACCAUGGACAAGUAUAUUCUGCUGCCACAAAGACUAAAGUGCUUCAUUUCAACAGCUGAGGCAAGCCAAGUGAUCAUUAAUAAAGCUUUUCUUGGUUCCUUCAGUGGUGUUGGUAGUAAAAUGGUAGGUAAAAGUUAGGCUGCAAGUUCAAUAAAUCAUGAGAUUUCCCAUCGUUACACCCUUGUGUAUUCAUAUUUCUUGGAUCAAACAUUUUGAGUGAACUAGGGGUUUUUAUUAAAGACAUUUGUUGUAUUACUUUAUGGUUGUAACUGUAUAUGCUUAUCAGGAUGAGACUGAAGGUAGGGCAAAAAUGGUUGAAUCUAUUUUCAGAUAGUAGUUCAUACUUGAGUGAAGUGUCUUGUCUACGUUAUGAAGCUUGUAUGUAUCCAGUACUAAAUAGGUGGGUUAAAUGUGGUAAUUCUAGUUUAGUGCCUUACCCUGAAGAGAAAGUUGUAGGUUGGCUGUUGAAAUUCACUCCUUAGAUAUCAUCAGUUUGAUUGCCCGGCUUUAUUGCCUUUACAGGAAUGUGAUACUCAGGGCUUACUCUACUAUAUGCACCAGUGAGUCUUCUUUGAUCCUAAGACCACCACUGAAGUUGUUUAGGUUCUUUUGGACAAACAUGAUAAACUUCUUCAGAUACUUUUUUUUUCCUUUGGCAGGAAGGUGUCUUGCUGCAGGUAACUAAUGAAGAAGUGGUCAACCACAGAGUCUUCAAGAAAUAAGAAAUUCUGUACCAUCUGAAAGUAGUUCUUGUUGGUGCCUUCAUUUAAAAAGCACUCUAAAACAAAAGGGAAAUGUUUUCUGAUAAAACAAACAUUUAGUUGAGGUUCUUGAUAUAAAACAAUUACAAAAUGAGUGUUGUUUGUAAAACAGUAACAUCAAAUUUGGCUAGAGAGAUAAAUGUAUCAUGUUUUAAAUUAGGUUUUGUGAGUAGACAGAUUACAAUUCUAUUUUAAAUAUAAAGUUUAUAAAAUAAAUACUUUUUGUAUCCAAAUACUUGGUGUAAUGUUUACACAUAAAAUGUGUGAAUCUUGUUUCAUAAACAUUCGGUUGUCUAAAAGAUCACCAUCCCCUAAAUUUUUUAAAGCAGUUUCACAAAGCUAUGCAUAUUUUAAUAUUAACAGGUAAAUGAGAAGAGCAUUGUGGACAUUAUUGGCUGUCCCCAAUAAAAUGCUGUUCAUUGUGCACUGUA